AUGAGUCCAUCAGCAAAGAAGAGGCUCAAGAAUACAGUGGUUUCCAAGAUGCAAGAUGAGGAACUACGGGACAAGAUACAGCAGCCUGUCAGCAAAGUAAUUGCGCGGAAACGACUUAAAGCGGUGCUAAAAAACUUGUCGCUCUUGAAGCUGCUCAAGAGCUCGAACCCUCGGACCCAAGAACUGCAUAACCUGGCCAAAAGGUGUUGGAAUUCACUGCUCAGAGCUCUGAAGAUCCUCAGGGUCUCCUCUGGGCACGAAGACGUCUGGGAUACAGUAGAACAAAAUAACAAAGAUCUUCAGGAGGCUGGGUGUCCCAACAAGAAACUGGACUCCAAGAAAUCAGAGCCCCUGAGGGAACCUGAAGACCCGGAGCAGUCAAGGCCCAAGGCGGCACUGCGGGAGGGGCACACGGCACAGCAAGCAGUGCCGCAUGAGGAGGAGCGGCCGGAGCCUGAGGUCCCCAUGACGUCCAAGGGUCGUGGCCUGCCCACUGGCCCUGGAGCCCAGGAGAGGCAAUCACCCACUGCGGACCCCCGGGUUGUCUUCCUGAAGACCCACCAGUACAGACCUCCCAUGGAGGAUAUGAAACAGCUGGACACAGCAGACCAGUGGAUCUGGUGUGAGGGGCUGCCCACACGAGUCCACCUCCCAGCGCCCCGGGUGAUGUGCAGACCAUCCGCCCUGCGCUGGGUCAAGCGCUGCUGCACCCGCCUCUGCUCGGCAUCACUUGAGCUGCCAAUGGUCCGUCCAUACAAGGUGACACCUUGGAUGGGAACCAGAGGUGUGCGGAGAGGGCGGAGAUCGCGCAACCAUCUGGACGGGAGGGAUGGGCGGGAAAAUUCGCGAGUCUACAAAUAA